CACUCACAGGGAGCACCAAGAACUUAAACCGAGAGGUUUUUUACUAUUUCAACCCUCAAAACUUUUAAAAAAGAAGUUGGCACCAUGGAAGACUCCUCUUAUCCACCGGUCCGGCGGCUCGUGCCCAUGGCGGCCGCUCAGCCUGCGCGCGCACACGCACCUGAUGACCCCAGACUGCGACGGUAGCCGGAGUCGUCCUCCUGGAGGAGAACGUACGCAUUCGGUGCAAGGAGGACUUUGGCUACGAUCCACGACGACUCCCCCCCUCCCCGGCCUCCCCUCCCUCCCCUUCGUCCUCCUCUCCUCUUCCCCUCCCGACUGGCACAAGAGAAGAGUGUGAGAGACCGAGCGAGGGAACGUGGGAAAGAGGGAGACGAUGUACCAAACGCUGCUUCUUUCCUCCUCCCUCUUCAUCCUUCACGUGAUGGGCACUCCGCAGUUCUUCGCUCAGCACGGGAGGAGGGUGUGCGGCCGAGACCUCCGUCACAGCGUUGUCACGGCAACGGAGUCGUACAUCCAGCCGGUGCACAAGCCCUACAUCACUCUGUGCCAGGGGCAUCGCCUCUGCAGCACAUACAAGACCGUGUACUCGGUGGCGUACCGGCAGGUGAGCAGAGCGGCGCCACCUUUGCAUUUCUACCCAGAGUGCUGCCCGGGCUGGCGUAGAUUUCACUCUCACAACUGCAACCAAGCCGUGUGUGGACAACCCUGUGUGAACGGAGGUACCUGCUUAAGACCCAACCAGUGUGCCUGUCCGCUAGGCUGGACGGGACACCAAUGCCAAACAGAUGUGGACGAGUGUAGCGAGCAGCAGCCGUGCGUCCAGGAGUGUGUGAACACAGCCGGCAGCUAUCGAUGCGCAUGCAGAGACGGUUUCAAGCUUGCCGGAGACGGCCGUUCCUGUCAAAGCCUUCCUUCUCCUCCACCUCCUCCACCUUCUCCUCCUGCUGCUGCCACUCCUCCCUCUCCCACCCAGACCAGCCAAGCAACAGUGGGUGGUCACACAGAUGCAGGUGGAAGGCUCGGUCUGGUGGAGAAUGUGACGGAGGAGGUACAGAGACUGAGGAACAGAGUAGAGCUCCUGGAAAAGAAGUUGCAGUUGGUGUUGGCCCCCUUCAGCAGCUUCUUCCCGCUGUCGCUGGACGAGGGCGUGUCGGAGAAAACCACCUUACUGUCCCACUCCUUCCAGCAGCUGGACCGCAUCGACUCCCUCAGCGAGCAGAUCGGCUUUCUGGAGGAGCGCCUCGGCACAUGUUCUUGCCAGGAGAAUUAGCCGGCCCAACAUUUCCAGACGUCUCCCGCAAAGUUAAUAAUGACACAAACAGACCUACCAGAGAUCGUACGCACCAAGAUGGCAGGCGUAAGAACGAGAUCACAGAAAGCAGAAACAGCUCUCAGCUCUUGUUAUGCCAUGACGCACAGAUCAUUUGUGAUUUUCACUAUUCCCCACGGCUUCUUUCACUUUUCUUGUUGGAUUACUGUCAGGUUUUUGAUUUUGGUUAACCUGUGGCAGGGUCACUUUGCAGCAUUACAUCAUCCCUUUAACAUCUGAAUCACACUCCACCUCCUGAGGGCCAAAGGUCAAAUUGGCCACUUUUGUUUCUGUGUUUGUUUUACAUCAGUGCAGCUGUGUCCUCCGUCUAAGCCCAAACUGUCCCGAGGCAGACACGGACAUCUGUAUUUAUCUAUUUAAAUUAUGAUUACUUUUAGUUAUGUCUCAGUGCUCCAAUAGACAUUUUUACCUAGUUUUGUAACGUUUUGUAAUAAAAAGUCUUAAUCAAAAA